CCUCGACGACGCGCGCGCUUCGGCGGCCCUACAGACGUUGCAACAACACGCAGCGCCCCCGAGGGCAUCACAUUGAUCAGCCGAGCUCUUGUUUUCAUCGUUUUCCAGCGCUACGACGCGUUGUCCAGCCGAAGCGCUGUGCCUCUCACCCUCAGUCCUCAUCGCAAUGUCGUCGUGAUGCGUCGACGCACGCGCCGUCGGCGCAGCCGAGAACUGAUCUUACUGUGCUUGUUCAUCGCGUUUGGUCUGUUGCUGCACCUGUGCCUCCCUGGGCCGCCGCCGCCGCAGCACGCCUUCGCCGCGACUCCCCAGCACUGGCGCAGCGAGGUGGAGCGAGCGCACGCCGCCGCGGCGGUGGCGCGGAGGCCGGCUGCCGUACCCGAGGAGUCGAUUACGUAUGGUGCGCCCCGGCCGGACGCGCCGGCUGGCCCGAUGGAACUCUUCACCGCGUCGGGUCGAUUAUUCCCGGUCGUCGUCAUCGCCUGCGACCGGACGGAGACGCUCCGCAACGCGCUCACGUCUCUCAUGGCCGCGGGCGCCUCGGCCCAAGACAUCCUCGUGGCCCAGGACGGCGCGAACAGCGCCGUCGCGGCCGUCGUCGCUGAGUUCGGCGUCUCACACAAGGCGAAGCGACCGCCUCUGGUGCCGCUCGACGGCGCCCAACACAUUGCAAGAACAUACAAGUUCGCGCUCACGCGCGCGUUCGAGGACGUGUUCCCGGGCGCGCCCGCCGUGAUCGUCGUCGAGGACGACCUAGUCGUCUCGAAAGACUUUUUUGACUACUUUUCUGCAGUGGCGCCGGCGUUGGAGCGCGACGACUCGUUAUUCGUCGCCAGCGCGUGGAACGACAACGGCUUUGCCAAGCACGGAGACCCGGGUGCCCUGCGGCGGACGGGGUGGUUCCCCGGGCUCGGCUGGCUGCUGCCGCGCAAGCUGUGGGAGACGGAGCUCCACCCGCAGUGGCCGGAUGGCCACUGGGACCACUGGAUGCGCAGCGACGACGUCGCUAAAGGCCGGGAGUGCGUCUACCCGGUCGUGAACCGGGCCUCGCACGAGUCCGAAUACGGGACCUUCCUCGACUCGUGGCACGACAAGCGCUACUUCAAGCCGAUCGUGCGCCAGCGAAGCCGUUUUGACUGGCCGAGCGACGCGUGGCGUAGCGUGCUGCGCGACGUCUACGAGGACCGCGUCCGGGGGCUGCUGGCUGCUGCCGAGCACGUUUCGGACGUCAACGCCGCGGUGGUCGGUUCUGCGCUCGCGACGACGACGCCAUUGGCUCUUUGGUUUGAUUUUGAAGAAAAUGACGACGCCCCGCCGGGCGCCGCGGACGCGUGGGCGCCGCCGCCAUUUGUAUGCGUGUCGGAGCCGUUCGACCUGUGGCACGAGAGUCGACGCGGCGAUCAUCGUGGCGUCCACGAGGUGGUCGGCGUCGCGGGCCGGCCCGUGCUGUUGGUCAAGGCCCCCGUCGCGUACGAUUCUCUCAGGCCGGACGGCUUGACGCCGCUCGCGCGGGCCGAGUGCCCGAGUGUGACCUGGGAGGACCUCGGCAAAGAAGGCUAGUGUGUUAGACAGUUG